AAUCACCAUCCGAGUUUAGGUGAUCCCUGCGUCGUUUGUGGUGACGCCGCCUCUGGAAUCCAUUACGCUGUUGCAGCCUGUAACGGAUGUAAGACUUUUUUCAGAAGAGUAGUUCUCGAGGUGACUGUCGAUAUUAUACACUGCAAGGAGUCUUUGAACAAAUCCUUUGCAGAAUCGAACUUAUUCAUGCAAAAACAACGGAGACUGCAUCAUAGACAAGAAUAUGCGAUGCUCUUGCAGGCACUGCCGAUUCAAGAAGUGCAUUCGCGUCGGAAUGGAUAGAA